AUGCAGGCCCGCUACUCGGUGUCGGACCCCAACGCCCUGGGGGUGGUGCCCUACCUCAGCGAGCAGAACUACUACCGGGCGGCGGCGGCGGGCACCUACGGCGGCAUGGCGGGCUCCAUGGGGGUCUACUCGGGCCACGCCGAGCAGUCGUACGGGCCGUACCCGGGGGCCCCGUCGGCGCCGGCGCCCAAGGACCUGGUGAAGCCGCCCUACUCGUACAUCGCGCUCAUCACCAUGGCCAUCCAGAACGCGCCCGACAAGAAGAUCACGCUCAACGGCAUCUACCAGUUCAUCAUGGAGCGCUUCCCCUUCUACCGCGAGAACAAGCAGGGCUGGCAGAACUCCAUCCGCCACAACCUCUCGCUCAACGAGUGCUUCGUCAAGGUGCCCCGCGACGACAAGAAGCCCGGCAAGGGCAGCUACUGGACCCUCGACCCGGACUCCUACAACAUGUUCGAGAACGGCUCCUUCCUCCGCCGCCGACGCCGCUUCAAGAAGAAGGACGUCGCCAAGGACAAGGACGAGCGGAGCCUCAAGGAGCCGGCCGCCAAGGCGCCCGAGGCCGCCAAGGAGGCGCCCGCGGGCCACGCCAACGCCAACGCCGCCCCGCCGGAGAAGAAGGUCGUCAUCAAGAGCGAGGCGGCCUCGCCGGACUUGCCGGUCAUCACCAAGGUGGAGACGCUCAGCCCGGAGAGCGGCCGGGCGCUGCAGGACAGCCCACGGAGCGUGGCCUCCACGCCGUUGGCCUCCACCGAGGCCUCCCUGCCUGGCGACCCCCACCACCCGGGCGCCCCCAACGGAGGGAGAGGAAGCCGAGCUUUGGGGCAUGCGCAAUGCCUACUAAAGGGGGGAGGGGUGGGGAAUGAAGGCCCCGGUUACGGCGGGUGA